GUCUGUCUCUCGUGCAGUCCGCGUUAAGCUCAUUUCAGGAAUAAACCAAAGCAAUACACGGACUGCACGCGCCUUCACGACAUGGGAAAGACUCGAGCCCUGAUCCUGUUGUGUGCCGCUGUCGGUUUAUGCCACUGCAGAGUGGUGACGGUGCCUAAGGGCCCCCUGCUCCGUGUGGAGGGCGAGCUGCUGUCUCUUCGCUGUGAUGUAUCAGACUACGAAGGCCCUAAAGAGCAGGAAUUUGAAUGGACAGUGACACGAGGGACUGAAACCGUCAAUGUGAUUUCAACAUUUGACCCUACAUUCCCGGACCGCUCAAUUAAGGACCGAAUACGCAGUGGGGACAUUAGUGUGAUUCGACUGGGUGACAAUGCAGUGGAACUAAGAAUCAAAGAUGCUCGGAUUACAGACAGCGCCACUUACAGAUGCAGUACUCCAAGCACAGACUCAAUUAUUAAUGGGAACUAUAAUGCUGCUGUCAAACUGCAAGUUGUUCCUAAUAGUCUAAUUGUGGCACCUGAGGCCCCAAACUCUGUUGUUCCUGAGGGUGGAUCCAUCAGGCUCCUUUGCAACGUCUCUCGUAACCUGAUCGAGGGAAUUUACGUGUCUGUUACCUGGUUGGUCAAGGAGGGACAAUUUGUACUGAAGGAAUUACUCACCUUUGGUCCUGAUUUGGGUGUGACGGUUGGAGUCAACUCCAUGCAACGCUACAAAGAUGGUGGAAUACGUCUAGAAAUGGGAAACAGUGUAUCUCACAGUCUUGUGCUGUCCGGAGCUCUGCCAGAAGAUGAGGGGAUGUAUGUGUGUAAGGCUGGACUGUGGACGAGAGAGCAGGGUGCCUGGAAGAGGAUUCAGGAGAAAUCGAUGGAGAUGGGGGAAGUUGCCGUCACCCCUACAGCGAACUCCCUCAGUGUUGAAGUCCAGGAUGGCACUACGUUGUCAACGGAAGAUUCUGUACUCCUCACCUGUUCGAUUACGACUGACGACGUGCCCACAUUUGACCUGGAAGUGACGUGGCUGUUGAAUACCACCCUUGUGUUGGCGCACAUGGAUCGUGACGGCGUGCUGACCAACACGUCUGAUGUUGUGGAUGUGAGACGGUUGGGGAAAUGGGAUUUCCAGAUAAAGAUUCACAGCACGGACAUGUCUGACGUAGGACUUUAUUCAUGUAAAGUGAGCGCAUGGCUACAGCACAACCAUGGAGAAUGGUACAAGGCUGCAGAGAAGAUAUCUGCCCCCGUGCGAGUUCAUGUAACUAAGCAAAAUUACACUGUUGUUCUCAACGCACCUGUGACGGCAAAGUUCUCAGGUGACCCAACAGAGUUGGAAUGCAAAGUUGUGAACAAGUCCAACCUUCACAAUGUACGACUAGGAGUGUCGUGGUUAUACAAAGGAACUCUGCCUGGAGUUGACCCGGCAACUGCUCAAACAAUUGCGUUAUUGGAUGAAAAUGGAACCCUUGUACCAGGAAAGUCAUACAAGCGUCGCAUAGAGGUGGGACAUAUCACAGCUUCACGAACAGAACCUUACACGUUCAAGCUCCGUCUCCUGCACACAAUGGACACAGACACUGGAGAAUACUCUUGCACCGUCACAGCAUGGAUUCUGUCUCGUCAUGGGAACUGGAAAAAGGUUGCAGAGUUCCUGACCCCUGGACUCAAAGUCAGCUUUGCUAACCAGCCAGGCCCUGUCCUCGGUGUAGUGGCCCGACGUCUUCGAGAAGCGACGGCUGCCGGAUCGACAUUUGAGAUGAGCUGCCAGGCCAACGCUCAAAACCUCCCGCAAGGAGUCGGUUUUUCCAUUCUUAUCUUAUUUGAGAAGGCCGUAGGGUCACCCAGCCACAAACUGGCCUCAUUGGGUCCAGACAUGGUUCUUCGAUUGGAGGACUUGGGUGAACCGGGUCGACGGAACAGCUUGAUGCUGGUGAAGACUGGGAAGAAGGAGUUCCAAUUCCGUAUUCAAGGGGUGCAGGUGACUGAUCGUGGGUUCUACUCAUGUGAGAUGAGAGUCUGGACGAAGCAACUUGGUGAAGACUGGGUGGAGAUGGCCAAAGGAGUGUCCAAUAAGGUUCAGAUCGCCUUCGAGCACAAAGGUCCAGUAUUUGAUGUAUCCAUCGGUUCUGACACAACGAGUGUUAGCCCCUGGGAAACCACCAAGAUGGAGUGUGAUGUGAGUGUUACCGGCACGUCCCCUGCUACAGAAGAUGUAGCGUAUGAGAUGAAGUGGUUUCUGAGUCGAUUGAGGGGUUCGAACAGCCCCUUGCUGCUAGCCAGUAUGGAUCGCUGGGGCGUUGUGCGCAAAAUACCGCGCAAUGACAGCAGUGACUGUAGCCUGGAGCGUCUGGGACCCCAAGCUUUCACCCUGAAUAUCCACAGCACCCAGGACAGCGAUGCCGGCGAGUAUCACUGUACUGCCACACCAUGGAUACGAUCAACUGCCACAGGGGCCUGGAGCAAAGCGCCAGAGGUGACCUCAAAGAGAGUCUUCCUGAACGUGAAGUUCGCAUUGUGGGACUCAAUGAAGCUGCCUUUGCUGUACGGGAUCUGUGCUUCAGUGACUGUGGGUGUCAUUUCCCUCGUCCUGGGUCUGAUCUGUGCUCACUGCUGCUGUAAAAACACUACACCUACACCACGCUCUCGCAACAAACUCAUGGAGCUGGAGAUGGACUGACAAGCACAGUGUUGAAAUAGCUUCCCCCUUCCCAAAUGGACACCAUGGUGACAAUUAAACAAACAAGCGAAGCAUCGGAGAUGAAGUACUGUUACUUUUUACGCACGGCUGGAAGGGACAACCGUAGGAAAUGGGAGCUACACUCUCAGAGGAAAUAACUACUGUAAAAGCGGCAACUGCCUGGGCGACAUUACAGACUUUAUUGCACUAAACAUAUUGUUCUAUCAGCAGGAACACGUUUUUUUUGUUUGUUUUUUUUUUGUUUUUUUUGGAUUAAUGGAAGUUUCUUCAAUGUCACUACAGUUUUAAAUGGAAAAAAAAGAAGUAUUUUACGAGAUACCUACCAAGUUUUCUCAAAAUUGAACGAUUGUUUUACACUACAUCAAUGCUCCAAAGAGCCUAUCUGCUUUCACAUCAGGGUUAAAAAUACUAGUUUAUACUUUUAGACAGUUAGACGCAAGUUAUAAACUUUAAAGAUACUACUUUAUACCACAAUUCUUCUAAGUAUGGUGCUACUCCCCUUUCGUAAGACAUUUGGAAGAGCUGAAGCUCUGUAGAAUGUGAGUAAAAUGAGCUUAUUUUUUUGUCCUUGAUUUUGUGACACAAUGUUAAUGUGUCAGACUUUAUGCACUGUUCGGUCUUAUUGUGCUACAAAUCUUGAUCAAAACUGAUCGGUCUAAACUGACCAUGUAAUUGAAUGAAAGUUUGAGUGAAUGGCCGACUGGUUAGUUGCCAUGGUUAAGGUAAUGAAAUGUUGACUUGUAGGCAAAAAAACGUACUCUUUGCAAAUGGGCCAACGCAUUGUAAGCGCCCCAUUGAACAUACUUAACACACACGCUAUAGCAUUACUGUAUCGGUAACAAACCUCAGUACUCAAGGGGGCAAUAGAGUUUUCUUCAAAUGUCUGUGCAAUUAAACAGUAUGUGUUACUAUUCAGGUAGCUAGCUGUGAACAUGUCAACAAUUUAUAGAUUGACUAAGUUUAACUAACUUAAAUUUCUUAACUAUUCAAUCGGCUAGAUAUAGAGAGCAAAAUAGUGUCCGCCUUGGUUCCGUGUGUAUUUUUCCCAUUCAUUUUUUUUCCAUAGGGAUUUCAUAAAAUCGUUUUAAGCCAUGAACCAAACCAACCAGCUCUGGGGUGAAUCACAACAUUACAAACUUUGAUUUGAAGCAAAAAAGUAUUUGAAAAUCAGACAAAAGAUCAAGGGACAAGACUGUGUACUUAACAUCUUUAACAAAGGAAUGAACUACAAUUCCAUGAAGUAUUAUGAAUGAUGUAAUCUAAUUUAAAAGUGAAAAAUAUAAAACUAUUGAUUUAAAGUUGUUCAUUGCUAAAUAUUCAGAUAUAUACAAAUAUACAAGUAGUUUGAGACUGUUGGGAGAGUGACUCGAUUGCAUCAUUCACAUUUUUGCAGAGCUCUUUUUGCACGCUUUGUUGACUGCUAUUCUCUUAUUGAUGGAUUGUUUCCCUUCAGGAUAAUGGGAAGUGUAUUUCUUCACCAGAAAUUCCACUAAUAAACACACAUUUUUCAAAAUAAAGUUUAAAUAAUGUGGACUGAUUGCUCCAACAGAAGCAUAUACCAUCGGUUUUAUCGUUUAUCAAAGUUAUCUUUAAAAAUCAAUUCACCUAUGGAAAAAAAUUAUGGGAUUUUUACUUUCGGAACUCUGAUUUUAUCUGACUUUGAAUGCUUUUCAAAAAUGCUUUUCCAGUAAUCACCAAUGACUGGAAAAGUAAUGGAAAAGUCUUGAAAUUUCAUUGGUCAAAAAGGGUGGGAACCAAGCAUUUGCAUUCAUGUACUUGAGCAUAGACUAUGUUUUGGCUCAUUGACUGCAAUUGAGGUCAAGGUUUGGUUAGUAUGGACUUGUGCCUUGGGCCUGCUUUUAAAGGUUUUCUCAGCAUUUUGUACCUUCUCCAUCACAAGGACAACAAAGCCCUAUUCACACGAAAGAGCCCUGAUAGUAGAGAUUUACAGUGCUCGCAAGGCAGUAUGGCACUGCAAAAAAAUUAUUUUCUUAGUAUAAAUAUUUAAACGUUUCAACCUGGUCUCACUGAAUCUUGUUACUAUAGCUGUACUUUUGCGUGGCUUGUAUGUAUCGCAUGGUGUCCUGGUGAAAUUAACACUAGAGGCACUACAGCAAUUACUUUUAUUCACUUUCCCACAAAUCAGAAGUAAAACAUCAGAUUAUCAGUUCAUAAACCCUUACUUUUUUCUUUGUUCCUCACGCAAUGCUGUCUUAUGACAUCUAAACACUUUUACAAUAGUGCAUGACUUGUAAGGCGAUAUACUUUAGCAUUUCCAUAACCAACUGCAUUCACAAGCUUGUUUGAGUGUAAUCGAAUUGUGCGGUAGCUCAGCUCAUAGUGUUGCACUUGUGAUGCAUGCUCUUCAGGACUCAUACCCCGGUCCUUAGCAAGUCAACACGUAAGCUGAAAGUGUCAUAGAAGCACCUAAAAUGAAGUGGUUGCUUCAGCGCUUGUUUUUUGUUUGCUUUCUCUGACACAAUCGGGUAGGUUUAGGGUUGGGAGGUAGUUUUUUUUAAUUUAUUAUUAUUUAUUUAAAACUCGAUAGAGCAUUAACCUUAAAAAAAAAACCUCAUCCGUUUGGGAGAACAUUGAACUCUCUUUUAGCGCCACACAGAAGACAUUUCACCUCGUGACUGCAGUGAUGCAUUUUAGGAGCCACAUAAUAUAAUUUGGCAAAAAUGUCAACACAGUCAUGCAGUUUUAAUGAGAUCAGGCUGAAAUGUCUUUAAAGGUGCACUAAAUAAUUGUUUUGCUAAUUGCUCAAAUUUUAAAAGGGAAAUAAUUAUACAAAAUAGUGUAAGAUUUUUACACUUGUUUUCAGAGAAUACAUAUUGAAUUAUGUUUAUUUUUCUUAACCAUUGGCAAAUAGUCUUUCACUAAAUUUUAAUAGAUGUAUUGUAUGCUUUAAACAAACAAACAAACAAAGAUUUGCCCCAUAUGUGUUCUUGGAUAGUGUUUGGCAGAUAUAUACUAGAGCUGCAUCUGGAUAAAUCUGGUUUUAUAUGUUUGUGAGAUAUUGCAGACAGAAAAGGCUUUCAUUUACAAUAGAUGCAUAUGUUGUUGCUAUGGAUUCAUGUUAUUGUUUUUUUUUUUUGUUUUUUUUACUAUUUAGAACAUAUUUUUUGACAUACAGUGGGGUCCAUAAGUCUGAGAUCACUAGUGGAAAACAUACAUGAAUUUCAGUAUUCUGACAUUUCUUAUUCAUGUUGCAUCACUGCAUCAUUAUUUUUUCUGUGUUUUCAGUUGUUCCUAAAACUUCUACAACUUUAAAAGGUGUAAAUUACAUUUUGAAUCCCAGAUUUUCAUUGUGGGCUUUUGGGACCCCAUUGUAGUUUUAUUUAUUUAUUUUUUUCCCAACAGCACAUUUGUACUAAAUUCUGUAUAACUGUGCCAUAUAUUUUUUUCCAUGUUUCAAUAAGGAUUUUUAAGACCUCUUCAGCUCUCAAAGGAAAUUACAGUAAAUGUUUUCUAUAUGACGUUUCAUUAUCCUGUUUUUUUUUUUGGUCAUAAUUUUCCCUCUCGUUGAGAAAUCUUUGCUGUCUUCUGCUAUAAUUGCUGCUGAUUGGCUGUGUGUGAUUGGAAAGACGUUUGCCGCUUGUGACAGGCAGUUUGUGCUCGCUCUGUUUCAGCUUGCUCCACUUUUCUCUUUCUUGCAUUUCUUUUUUUAGCUACAGUCUGCUGCUGUUCUUGAAGUCACUCUAACCUCGCUAUUUGUCAUUGUCAGUUACAUGUGUUAUUAUGAGUUGAGGCAGGGAACACAGCGUGAAAAUAUGUUAAAAACACUGUAGCUGUACCAUGGUACAGUGAUGGUAUCAGUUGGUAAUACCAUACUCUGAUAUAUAUAUAUAUAUAUAUAUAUAUAUAUAUAUAUACACACACACACACACACACACACACACACACACAGUUUAAGACGUUUACAUACACCUUAGCCAAAUACAUUUAAACUCAGUUUUUCACAAUUCCUGACAUUUAAUCGUAGAAAACAUUCCCUGUCUUAGGUCAGUUAGGAUCACUAUUUUAAGAAUGUAAAAUGUCAGAAUAAUAGUAGAGAGUAUUUCAGCUUUUAUAUCUUUCAUCACAUUCCCAGUGGGUCAGAAGUUUACAAACACUUUGUUAGUAUUUGGUAGCAUUGCCUUUAAAUUGUUUAACUUAGGUCAAGGUUCUUCCUUGCUGAGCAGCCUCUCAGGUUAUGUCGAUAUAGGACUCAUUUUACUGUAGAUAUAGAUACUUGUCUACCUGUUUCCUCCAGCAUCUUCACAAGGCCCUUUGCUGUUGUUCUGGGAUUGAUUUGCACUUUUCGCACCAAACUACGUUCAUCUCUAGGAGACGGGAUGCAUCUCCUUCCUGAGCAGUAUGAUGGCUGCAUGGUCCCAUGGUGUUUAUACUUGCGUAGUGUUUUGUGUACAGAUGAACGUGGUACCUUCAGGCAUUUGGAAAACUGGUCCACAAUUUUUUUUCUGAGGUCUUGGCUGAUUUCUUUUGAUUUUCCCCUGAAUGUCAAGCAAAGAGGCACUGAGUUUGAAGGUAGGCCUUAAAAUACAUCCACAGGUACACCUCCAAUUCAGUACACCUCCUAUCAGAAGCUAAUUGGCUUAUUGUCGAAAAGCUUGACAUCAUUUUCUGGAUUUUUCCAAGCUGCUUAAAGGCACAGUUAACUUGGUGUAUGUAAACUUCUGACCCACUGGAAUUGUGAUAUAGUCAAUUAAAAGUGAAACAGUCUGUCUGUAAACAAUCGUUGGAAAAAUUACUUGUGUCAUGCACAAAGUAGAUGUCCUAAACGACUUGCCAAACUGUAGUUUGCUAAUAUGAAAUCUGUGGUGGUUAAAAAAAUGAGUUUUAAUGACUUUCAACCUAAG